AGUGCCGUGGGUGCGGCCGCUGUGGGUGCGGCCGGUGGGGGGAGAGGAUGGGAGUGUGGCCUGAGUCUGAAGGCGCGCAUCCCCGCUCCACUCUGCGUUCGUCCUCUAACUCUGGGGCCUCGGUUUCCUCAAGCGUGUAAGGGGAACAAUUGUGAAGAUGAGGAGAUAAUGUGCUCAAAGCACUGGGCGCAGGGCCGCUCGGAGUCAGGGCUCAACAAAUGGUACCCAGAAAGGACAACCCACCCUUACCUGCAGAAACAAGAUGGAAAGACAGAGCAGAGACAGUGAUCAUUGGAGGUGGCUGUGUUGGUGUGAGUCUGGCUUAUCACCUCGCCAAAGCAGGGAUGAAGGACGUGGUCCUCCUGGAGAAAUCGGAGCUCACUGCUGGAUCUACCUGGCACGCAGCAGGUUUAACAACUUACUUUCAUCCUGGAAUAAACUUGAAGAAAAUACACUAUGAUAGCAUCAAACUUUAUGAGAAACUGGAAGAAGAAACCGGACAGGUGGUGGGAUUCCAUCAGCCAGGUAGUAUCAGAAUUGCUACAACUCCUGUAAGGGUAGAUGAAUUUAAAUAUCAAAUGACUCGGACUGGCUGGCAUGCAACAGAACAGUAUAUUAUUGAACCUGAGAAAAUUCAAGAGAUGUUCCCUUUACUCAACAUGAACAAGAUUUUAGCUGGAUUGUAUAAUCCUGGCGAUGGUCAUAUUGAUCCUUACUCUCUAACGAUGGCCCUGGCUGCUGGGGCUAGGAAAUAUGGUGCCCUUUUAAAAUAUCCUGCACCAGUGACUUCUCUGAAACCCAGGUCAGAUGGAACAUGGGAUGUUGAAACACCACAGGGAUCUGUGAGAGCAAACAGAAUUGUGAAUGCUGCAGGAUUUUGGGCUCGUGAAGUUGGUAAAAUGGUUGGACUAGAACAUCCUCUCAUUCCGGUUCAGCAUCAAUAUGUUGUUACUUCGACUAUCCCUGAAGUAAAAGCUUUGAAAAAAGAACUCCCUGUGCUCCGUGACCUGGAAGGCUCUUACUACCUCCGGCAGGAAAGGGAUGGGCUCUUGUUUGGUCCAUAUGAAAGUCAGGAGAAAAUGAAAGUCCAGGACUCAUGGGUCACCAGUGGAGUCCCUUCAGGGUUUGGAAAGGAACUCUUUGAGUCAGAUCUGGACCGGAUCAUGGAACACGUCGAAGCUGCCAUGGAAAUGGUUCCGGUCUUGAAAAAGGCUGACAUCAUCAAUAUUGUCAAUGGUCCUAUCACCUAUUCUCCUGACAUUCUGCCUAUGGUGGGGCCCCAUCAGGGACUCAGAAACUACUGGGUGGCUAUAGGCUUUGGAUAUGGCAUAAUCCACGCCGGCGGGGUAGGGAAAUAUCUCAGUGACUGGAUCCUGCAUGGAGAGCCUCCUUUUGACCUAAUAGAAUUGGAUCCCAAUCGAUAUGGCAAAUGGACAACCACUCAGUACACUGAGGCCAAAGCAAGAGAGUCGUAUGGAUUCAACAAUAUUGUUGGGUACCCUAAAGAAGAACGGUUUGCUGGGAGGCCGACUCAGCGAGUCAGUGGGCUUUAUAAAACCCUGGAGUCUAAAUGUUCCAUGGGAUUCCAUGCGGGCUGGGAACAGCCACACUGGUUCUACAAACUGGGCCAGGACACUGGGUACAGGCCAAGUUUUCGCCGCACAAACUGGUUUGAGCCGGUGGGCUCUGAGUAUAAACAAGUUAUGCAAAGAGUAGGGGUGAUUGACCUGUCACCAUUUGGCAAGUUUAACAUCAAAGGCCAAGAUUCUACUAGAUUGUUGGACCAUCUCUUUGCAAAUGUCAUUCCAAAGGUGGGUUUUACAAAUAUAAGUCACAUGUUAACACCAAAAGGUCGAGUGUAUGCUGAGCUGACUGUUUCUCACCAGUCUCCUGGGGAGUUUUUAUUAAUAACUGGUUCUGGAUCAGAACUUCAUGAUCUUAGAUGGAUUGAAGAAGAGGCAGUCAAAGGUGGAUAUGAUGUUGAAAUUAAAAACGUAACUGAUGAGCUUGGAGUCCUUGGAGUUGCAGGGCCGCAUGCAAGAAAGGUCCUUCAGAAACUGACCUCUGAAGAUCUUAGUGAUGAUGUCUUCAAGUUUCUUCAAACCAAGUCUUUAAAAGUUUCCAACAUUCCUGUCACUGCUAUUAGGAUAUCUUAUACUGGUGAGCUGGGUUGGGAGCUGUAUCACAGACGAGAAGACUCUGUGGCACUGUAUAACGCCAUCAUGGAUGCAGGCCAGGAGGAGGGAAUCGACAAUUUUGGCACAUAUGCCAUGAAUGCCCUAAGACUGGAGAAAGCUUUCAGAGCCUGGGGGUCCGAGAUGAACUGUGAUACAAAUCCCUUGGAAGCUGGAUUGGAAUAUUUUGUAAAGCUAAAUAAGCCAGCAGACUUCAUAGGAAAGCAAGCACUGAAACAGAUUAAAGCCGAGGGGCUGAAACGGAGACUGGUCUGCCUCACCUUGGCCACGGACGAUGUGGAUCCGGAGGGAAAUGAAAGCAUCUGGCACAAGGGCAAGGUGGUUGGCAACACGACCUCUGGAAGCUACAGUUACAGCAUCCAGAAGAGCCUGGCUUUUGCAUACGUCCCUGUAGAGCUGAGUAAGGUGGGACAACAAGUGGAAGUUGAACUACUAGGCAAACAUUACCCAGCAAUCAUCAUUCAAGAACCCUUGGUAUUGACGGAACCAACCAGAAACCGACUUCAGAAAAAAGGUGGAAAGGACAAAAUUUGAAAAAGACCUUCAGCAGUCAACUGAAUUAUGGUUGCUACAUGACUGUACUCAAAAUUAUAAUUGAUUUGUGGGAACAGGAAACCAAGGAUUCAUUUCAAAAUCAUCAAAAUCCAGAUUUAGAAUCUUAAAAUCUUUCUCCUGUUUCCUCAGCAAGAUAGAAUAAUUGAUUAGUGCUUGCCAUUGUUGUUUCAAAUGAAGAAAUUGGAAAUGACCAUUUUUAUUAUCCUAUAUUGUUUCUUAUAAAAUUCAAUCAGUAAAAUAUCUUGGCAUUUGCUAAUUAAUAUACAAUCAUUGUUACAACAGAAUUAAAAGAAUUAGCAGAAUUUUAGGAACAUAUACAUAUGGUUUUUAUUAGAUGAAAACAAAUUAAUAAAUUAUGUUUUACAUAAAAACAAAUGCAAU